CCAAAACACCACUUCAUUGAGCAUUAUCCUGAGAUGAUUAAGGCAUUUGGCCCACUGUCAGAUGUCUGGACAAUGCGUUUCGAGGGAAAACAUAAAUUCUUCAAGCGGGUCAUUCGUAAUGCACACAACUUCAGACAUGUGGCACUUACACUGGCUGUAAAGCAUCAGAAAAUGAUGGCUUACUGUUUGGACACAAGUUCGUUUUUCAAGCCCUCAGUUGAGCUGGACAAAGUUACCACAGCACUGAUCACAUCUUUCCCCGAGAAUGUCCAACAAGUUUUCUGCAAGAGAGUACCCCAGCUUACAAAGGUUCUGGUUGCAUCAUCAGUCUCUGUAGAUGGAAUUAGAUAUUGUGCUGAUAUGAUACUCUCUGUCGGUUCAUGUUCAGGCCUCCCAAAUUUCAAACAGAUCAAGCAGAUUGUGGCAAUAAACACAGAGAUCUUGUUUGUGUGCAAUACAAUGACGGCAUGGUACCAUGAACAUUUCAGAUCAUUUGAACUCUGUGGCAGCGCAAAUCCCUCUUUGUGUGUGGUGGAACUAAAAGAGCUGAAUGAUGUUUUCCCUCUGUCAGCAUACAGAUUUGGAGAAAAUUCAGCAGUGACACUCACUCGCUAUAUUCUGUGUUGAGAAACCACAAGUGUUGUCAGUACUAGCAUUGCUCUGGAUAGAGUCUAAAUGUAAGCCUAAUUGGUAAUUUUGUAUCUUUUUUGAUAAGCCAUAUGUUAAACUGAAUAUCUAUGUCUUUGUGUAUAUAUUUCUAAUAAGCUAUUUUUUUUAUUUCCAAGAUGGCAGCACACCAGAAGAUGACCUUGAGAGUAAUUUUCACAGAGACAGAUAUAAGAAAGGUUGUUCUGAAUACAAGACCUACUACAGUGGAGGAUUUGAUAGGCAAGCUUAAAGAAUCACUGGGACUUAAUUUCAACUUCAGUCUCCAGUACCAAGAUCCUGAAUUCAAUUAUGAAGUGUGCAAUCUGACAGAUAUCGAAGAUCUUCCUGAAAAACCAACAGUCAAGGUCAUCCCUCUACUUGAGUUGGUAUCUGUCUCAACAUCUGAAGAAAUUUUGAGUGGCACACCCAGUGUAGCAGAUACAGAGAUCCUCUCUACAUCCUCGCAGGAGCGACAGAAACAGUGGCCAGAUUGUUUUGAUAUCCCAGAUUUUUCUGUUGAUGUAGCAUAUAGACUUAGGCAAGCAGAUCUUCAGUUUCUUCGUGAUGGUACGCACCUGAAAGUAACAAAAGAGCUGAAACAUGAGAUUCUUGAAAGAUUGGCAGAGAGCAUGUAUAGUUACACAGCAUACCCAAAUAAUGCUCAGUUCGAAAGUGUUGCACAAGCCCUCAUAAGCAAGCACCCCUCUCUCCAGGAGCGAGGCUCAACCAGUCGCUGUAGCGGCUGGAAAAAUAGUCUAAAAUUUAAAAUGGCUAAUUACAGAACAAAGCGCAGAAGAUCAGGGUGCCUUGAUGUAGCAGUAAAUGCAGGGAAACGAGGAGGGCAUUCAACUGAAGGAGAACCAGCCAACAAGAACAUCAAGAAGGCAAAGAAAGGCGAGAUCAACUUCUUACCCAACUUUCCAGACGGAUUUAAUCAGGUAGCCCUUGAGGGUGCCCGCAAAGACUUGGUUAAUGAAAUGCAGAAGAGAACACCAAAUGGACAGCUUGUAAAAGAGAAGAUGGAUCUGACGUUUGCAUUGAGAAGAAAAGAGGUGGUGGAGUCAGAACCUGCCGUAUGUGAGAUGGUGGAACGUUGGCCUGCUCUUUUCACAGAAGAUCAGGUAUGCAUGGAGUUCAACAGGAUUGUUGGCAAGAAUCUCAAACAGGAAUUCUAUGAGAGCAUUGAUCGGCACAGUCCUCGUCUUAUCGAGAUUUUUCGAUCCAAGAGAGGGAACAUUGGCCAAAUGUUGACACAGCUUUCCCAACAAACAAAGACUGCAGAGCCAACUGAUAUUCGAACACUGGUGCUCAGAGGACUUCCUGUUAUCCUUGGUGACAACCCCACAGACUUCUACAAACCAGCCUUUGACUCAGAUGAUGAUGACUCUUUCCGCAACAUUGACAUUGGGAUCCUCCUUGUUGAACCUGAAGGUGCUGUGCCCUCAUCCUCCCUGCAUCUCAGUCCAGCCUCACUAAAAAUUGUCAUUGAGGGAGAAGUGGUGAUGGACAACAUUCAAGACCUGCCAAAAGCUAUGUGUCUUCUCUUUGGACUUGCAUAUGCAAUGCAUCUCAGUUACCCCAUUUCUAUGAAGUUCACGUUCCAGUUCAUCCAACAGGUAUUUCUUGAGCUGGGCCACGUUGAACUAAAACCAAAGUUACAAACAUUGAAAAACCAGCUUGCGAUGUAACGAAAUGUCUUGUGUGUUGUCAGUGAACAGUCAGGGGGUUGAAAAUAUACUCAAUGCAGAUGGAGUUGAUAAAGUUGCUCUUAUCUAAUGCAGUUCAGUGCAGCAGUACUGCCACAACUUUUAUUUCUUAAGAAAGUUUGUAAUGUUCAGCUUACAGUGUUAUAAGAGACAUCAGUGUCCAGCCACUUGUACUCUAAAAAACAGGAUUUAGAAGUGUAUGCUCAGGGCUCCAUAGUAAUAUUUAGUUGAUACAGUUAAAGGAAAAUUCAGCACUUUUCAUGUAAACGUCCAGUUUGUGUUGAUGGUAAAUGUAGUCAUUUGAAGCAGUAAAUUCAAAAUAAUGUAAUUCUUCCUCAACAGCAACAUUACUGCUUAUUUUACAGGUUUUUUCAGUCAAUAGCAGCACAGGAAUUUAUUGCUUCAGUUGAUUACAUUUACUAACAACACAGACUGUACAUUUACAUAAAACAUGCAAAAUCUUCCCUUAAACAUAGUUGAUCUGUUCAUUUUCCAAGUUGGAGAUUGUGUCCUAUUUUAAGGUGUCCAGUUUUUUCAAAAGGAUGCAAAUAUUUUUGUUGAAUGCUGCUGCAUUUGUAUUCCUUCUCUAAACAUGUUAGAAUUGAGUUCAAGCACAUAUGCCUAUUUUUACUUGCCUUUUGUAUGGCAAACUUUUUUUUGAAUGGCUACUGUUUUGAUACUUUUUUAUACUUCUGAAAAACAUGACAAACUACAGUUAAAAUUGUCUUUUGCGUAAGUAUUCUGCAA